AUUUUCGCCUUGAAUGGAAAAUUCACCCUUGCGUAACGAAGAUUAAGUCCUGCAUGCGGAGCGUCUUUUGAAAUUGAAAUUUACGUGACAGUCUCCGACUAUUUUUACGUCGCGUAAUCGAUUACUAACCCAAUAUGACGUCACUGCACGAGCGAAGAAACACUGCAAGGAUCUUACGAAAGUAGUCUAGCUCGUGAUUCCCUAGCUAUCUGUGUUGCUGAUCGGAAGCGGCUUAUUCUCAGAGGGAAAAACUUCUUACAAGAGAACUAAUACAAAGAUCGUACGCUUUUGGUACGUUUAGAACGGCUGUGCUUUCAAAGAAAGACGAAUAUAAAGGGCUACAUAGCCACGCUGGAAACUAAACUGGCGAAAGUCCAAUCUCUCGGAAGUUUAAUGCUUUCGUCAAAUCCAUCACACUUUCUUCAACAAAACAGGACUUAUAUGACAUUUGAACACUUGCUAAUAAGGACUAGGACUUGAGUUUUAUAUUUUUGAAAGUGUUGAUGAUGUAUGCAGCAAGAACAUGUGCGAGAUUGUUGAGGGAGCGUUUGGCAAGAUAUGGCAAGCCCUCGCUUCACAAGAGAUGGCAACAAACUGCGGUUUUAGUCGCUCAGGAACCGUUUUUAAACGGUAGUAGUGGCAAUUAUGUGGAAGAAAUGUACUUAUCGUGGAAAGAGGAUCCUAAAAGUGUACAUCGGGUAAGUAAUUUGUCUGAUUUGUGACCGUAAAUUUUGAUACUACAGCGCGCGAACGUUAUUGAUGUGAAAUGUAUUGAACACCCACGAACUCUACAACCCGCGUGUUUACCCAAAAGCGUCUAGAGUUUGGAGUUAGUUUCAUUCAAAUCGCUUUACCUCAAUUGCUUCCUUAUAGUGUAAAACAUUUAUAAAACGGGAAAAACAGUUCUAGAAAGAUGAUGCUUUUCAUAGACGUCUAAAAUAACACGCAUACUAAUUAGUGCUUUUCUUUAUUAUGAGGAAGUGAACCUUGACCAGCCCAUGACCCACCCUCUAAGCUAGGGGUCCGCUUUUUAUUGCAGUAGUCACGUAUUGUUGCGCUAGAAUGCUCACCAGGUUGCAUGUAGAUAUUGCUUCUAAAAGUGAGGUAAAAUCAGAUUUCACAAUAUUCUGAGUCAUUGUAAGUAGUGUAAAAGAAAUGUCCUUUGACCUAGAGAAAUCUAGCAAAUUUUUGUUACUUUUUGUUAAUUUUUUUUUUCAUGGGGUGGAAAACAUAGCAGCCUAAGGAACAAUGGUGGAUAUUGAUGGCCAAUUUUCAAAUGAAUUGCAAAUACACAACUAGAAAACUAUGCAUAAUUGUUCAAAUCCAAAAACUGUAAAAGAGAUUCCUGAGAGAUAAGUCUCUUCUUAUUUGUGGAGAACAUUAGUAAAAUAUGAAAAAAAGUUCUAGAAAGAGGAUGUUUUUAAUAAUCUGUCCAAAAUAGCAGGUGUCUAUAAAAAGACAUGCAUGUAUACUUAUAAGAGCUUUAUUAUGAGGAAAUGAACUUUUACCGGCUCACGAUCCACCCUCCAGGCUAGGGUUCUGUUAUUUCUUGCAGAAGUCACAUUAUUUUUAUGCCAGAAUGCUCACCAGGUCGCAUGUAGAUAUUUACUUCUAUAAAAGAGGAAAAUCAGAUUUCACAAUAUUCUGAGUCACUGUAAGUAGUGUAAAAGAAAAGGCCUUUUACUCAGAGAAAUCUAGCAAAUUUUUGUAACUUUUUAUUCAUUUUAUUUCAUGGGGUGGAAAACAUAGCAGUUAAAGGAACAAUGGUGGAUAUUGAUGGCCAAUUUUAAAAUGAAUUGCAAAUGCACAACCUGAAAAGUUAUGCAUAAUUGUUCAAAUCCAAAACUGUGAAAGAGGUUCCUGACAGAUAGGUUUCUGUGAGGAAACAGGAAAAACAGUAUUAGAAGGAUGAUGUUUUUAAUAGUGUUUCCAAAUUAGCAGGCGUCUAAAAAAAGACAUGCAUACAUACUUAUAAGAGCUUUAUUAUGAAGAAGUUAACCUUGAGUGGCUCAUGACCCACCCUCCAGGCUAGUGUUCUGUUGUUUCUUGCAGUAGUCACAUAUAUUUUUACACCAGAAUGCUCACCAGGCUGCAUGUAGAUAUUUUCUUCUAUAAAAGAAGUAAAAUCAGAUUUCACAAUAUUCUGAGUCAUUGUAAGUAGUGUAAAAGAAAUGUCGUUUGACCCAAAGAAAUCUUGCAAAUUUUUGUUUAUUUUUUUCAUGGGGUGGAAAACAUAGCGGCCAAGGGAACAAUGGUGGAUAUUGAUGACCAAUUUAAAAAUGAAUGGCAAAUACACAACUAUAAAAACUAUUGAUUGUUCAAAUCCAAAAACUGUAAAAGAGGUUCCUGAGAGAUAAAUUGCUUCUCAUUUGUGCAGAACAAAACAGGAAAAACAGUUCCAGAAAGAUGAUGUUUUUAAUAAUCUGUCCACACUAGCAGGCUUUUAAGAGACAUGCAUGUAUACUAGUAAGAGCUAUAUUAUGAGGAAGUGAACAUUGGCAGGCUCAUGACCCACCCUCCAGGCUAGGGUUCUGUUGUGUCUUGCAGUAGUCACAUAUUACUCUCACGCCAGAUUGCUCACCAGUUUGCAUGUAGAUAUUUGCUUCUAUAAAAGAGGUAAAAUCAGAUUUCACGAUAUUUAGUGUCACUAUAAGUAUUGUAACAGAAAUGUACUCUGAUCUAGAGAAAUCUUGGAAAUUUUUGUACCUUUUUGUUUAUUUAAUUUUUUUUUUGCAUGGGGUGGAAAACAUAGCAGCCAAAGGAACAAUGGUGGAUAUUGAUGGCCAAUUUUCAAAUGAAUUGCAAAUACACAACUAGAAAACUAUGCAUAAUUGUUCAAAUCCAAAAACUGUAAAAGAGAUUCCUGAGAGAUAGGUCUCUUCUUAUUUGUGGAGAACAUUAGUAAAAUAAGAAAAAAAGUUCUAGAAAGAGGAUGUUUUUAAUAAUUUGUCCAAAAUAGCAGGUGUCUAUAAAAAGACAUGCAUGUAUACUUAUAAGAGCUUUAUUAUGAGGAAAUGAACUUUUACCGGCUCACGAUCCACCCUCCAGGCUAGGGUUCUGUUAUUUCUUGCAGUAGUCACAUUAUUUUUAUGCCAGAAUGUUCACCAGGUCGCAUGUAGAUAUUUGCUUCUAUAAAAGAGGAAAAUCAGAUUUCACAAUAUUCUGAGUCACUGUAAGUAGUGUAAAAGAAAUGGCCUUUUACUCAGAGAAAUCUAGCAAAUUUUUGUAACUUUUUAUUCAUUUUUUUUCAUGGGGUGGAAAACAUAGCAGUUAAAGGAACAAUGGUGAAUAUUGAUGGCCAAUUUUAAAAUGAAUUGCAAAUGCACAACCUGAAAAGUUAUGCAUAAUUGUUCAAAUCCAAAACUGUGAAAGAGGUUCCUGACAGAUAGGUUUCUGUGAGGAAACAGGAAAAACAGCACUAGAAGGAUGAUGUUUUUAAUAGUGUUUUUAAAUUAGCAGGCGUCUAAAAAAAGACAUGCAUACAUACUAAUAAGAGCUUUAUUAUGAAGAAGUUAACCUUUAGUGGCUCAUGACCCACCCUCCAGGCUAGUGUUCUGUUGUUUCUUGCAGUAGUCACAUAUAUUUUUACACCAGAAUGCUCACCAGGCUGCAUGUAGAUAUUUUCUUCUAUAAAAGAAGUAAAAUCAGAUUUCACAAUAUUCUGAGUCAUUGUAAGUAGUGUAAAAGAAAUGUCGUUUGACCUAGAGAAAUCUUGCAAAUUUUUGUUUAUUUUUUUCAUGGGGUGGAAGACAUAGCGGCCAAGGGAACAAUGGUGGAUAUUGAUGAGCAAUUUAAAAAUGAAUGGCAAAUACACAACUAUAAAAACUAUUGAUUGUUCAAUCCAAAAACUGUAAAAGAGGUUAUUGAGAGAUAAAUUGCUUCUCAUUUGUGCAGAACAAAACAGGAAAAACAGUUCCAGAAAGAUGAUGUUUUUAAUAAUCUGUCCACACUAGCAGGCUUUUAAGAGACAUGCAUGUAUACUAGUAAGAGCUAUAUUAUGAGGAAGUGAACAUUGGCGGGCUCAUGACCCACCCUCCAGGCUAGGGUUCUGUUGUGUCUUGCAGUAGUAACGCAUUAUUUUCACACCAGAAUGCUCACCAGUUUGCAUGUAGAUGUUUGCUUCUAUAAAAGAGGUAAAAUCAGAUUUCACGAUAUUUAGUGUCACUAUAAGUAUUGUAACAGAAAUGUACUCUGAUCUAGAGAAAUCUUGCAAAUUUUUGUUCCUUUUUGUUUAUUUUUUUUUUUUUGUGUGGGGUGGAAAACAUAGCAGCCAAAGGAACAGUGGUGGAUAUUGAUGGCCAAUUUUCAAAUGAAUUGUAAAUGCCCAACUUGAAAAAUUAUGCAUAAUUGUUUAAAUCAAAAACUGUGAAAGAGGUUCCUGAGACAGGAUUGGAAAUUUCUUUGAUACAUCAACAUUUGCAACUAGUGAUGUUGAAAGAAGUAUUAAGCUGGCUUACUAAAUAAUUUGCAAAUAAAUUCUAUAUUGCCUUAUUUCUGCUCAGUAACAUAUCAUGUUCUCACCAGGUUAUUUAAUAUUAUUCAGCUUAUUAUAAAGGUGUUGGUUAGAAAAUGUUGAUAAUCACCUUAAGCAAGUUUUGUAGCAUGGUUACUAUGCGAACAUUCGCUUAGUAGACAACUGAUUAAUCUAGUGUUUAUUGUCUGUGAAUGAAGUUCAUUUAGGAAACUACAAACUUAUUAGGUGACCCAAAUAUUGUUCCAUACCAGAGCAUGAAAUUGCGCCUAAUACAGGCGCCAAUGUGACUAAAUUUUUCACUUUGGCGACCAAAUCCUGAAAAUUAGUCGCCAAAUUGGCGACUAGAAUGUUUCAUCAUAACCUUACCUAGAGAUAUAGUGAAUUAAAAAGAUUUUCAAAGACAAAUCUGUGGCAAACUUCCUCGUUAAGUUUGUUUCCAAAAUCGAUAACUAGAUGCCAUCUUGGAUUUAGGUGAGCUUAAACAUUGCAUAUCAUCCAUCCUAGUGUCCCCUUUGUAGCACGUUAAAGAUCUUUUCCCUAACUUAAUUUCUAGAACGAUGACAGCAUAAAAAAAAGAUUUUGUUUGUUUUUCAAAAUGGCGACCAACUUUUUUUGAAUUGGCUACCACUUUGAUGAAUUUAGGAGCCAAGGGGCCUGCAUACAAUCACUGAUCACUUUCAUAACAAUUAACUAUGAGAAAAAAUUGACAAAUAGAUUCCAUUUUGCUGUGCAUCUGUUCAGUGAUAGAUCAUAGAUAAGGUCAUAAUGCGGUAUUAUCGGUAAUCUAUUUCUUAGCAGACACAUGGCAACACAGAAUCUAUUUGUCAAAUACAUUUUAUCACUGUUUUUAGCAUAAAGCAAUUUUAGAGUUAAUUAUACUUCUUUGUUUCUACUAAAUACAGACCUUACAGAUUGACAUUGUUUUCACUUUGCAGUCAUGGGAUGUAGCAUAAAGCAGUAAUAGAGUUAAUUAUACUUCUUUGUUUCUACUAAACAAAAGGCAGAUAUAUUGACUUCUUUUCUUUUAUCUUUUUGCAGUCAUGGGAUGCUUACUUCCGUCAAGUUCAAAGCGGAAAACCCCCAGGACAAGCUUAUCAGCCACCGCCCAUCUUAGGACAAAGUCCUGGCAUGGUAGCAACACCACAAACUGUUCCAAGUGCUGUGGAUCAGUCAACAAUAAACGAACUAGUGUCAGAUCACUUGGCAGUUUACUCAUUGAUUCGUUGUUACCAGGUAAUACAAAGACUGCAGUGGAUUUUUUUUCCUUUUUUUUUCUUUUUUUUUUCCCACUAACUGAAGAUGCACCAGGCAAUUUUGGUUGCCAGUCUUAUCAAGACAUUAAACUCUCACAGUACUUCUCUCACCACCCAUGUUCUUAACCCUUUAACUCCCAAGAUCUUAUAAGUAAUUCUCUUUACUUCUUCCAUACAGUUCUUGUGAUGUUAGUUUGGAGAAUUUGGUAUUGGAUCAACUUAUAAUUCCAAAACUGAUAUUUUUCUAUAUUCUGACCACUUGUCUGCUUGAUAUUGUAUUGAUAUUGUAAGGAGAAAUUCUGACUUGGUCACUCAAGGGAGUUAAAAGGUUAAACAGGUACUCACCAACAGUCAGGGAAAUUUAAAGACAGGAAUAAUUCCAAUUUUUUCCCCCCAACUUUCAGAGAAAAGUAAUAAUGAAAAAUGAUAACAAUGACUCAAAAUAUAUUUUAUAAAACAAUAGUUUUUUCCACCUGGCUUUUGAUGCAUGUGUGGUUCUUUAUUUAUAAGAAGAUUUCUGUCCCAAUUUUCUGCAAUUAUAAUGUCAAACAGUAAUUUUUAACCCUUUAACUCCCAAGAUCUGUUUGUUAAUUCUCCCCUCCAGCUGCUUAACAUUUCCUUAUAAAUUAGUUAUGAGAACUUAGUGCUAGAUUAAGUAGUAGCUUCUAUUUGAUAAGUUUGAAUAUUCUCAUUACCUUUUUGCUGAUUAAUGAAUGGAUAUUAUAGGAAGAAGUUUUAUGUUGAUCACUUCUGGAAGUUAAAGAGUUAUAAAUUCUUCUUGCAGAUCCGAGGCCAUCAUGUAGCUCAGCUAGACCCUCUUGGCAUCUUACAGGCUGACUUAUCUGAAACUGUGCCAGCUGAUCUCUCCCUAGAGUACUGGGGACUGGGUGAGUUAUUAGUUUAGAAAUUUUGUCCCUUGAAGACAGUCACCCAGUUGUUAAAAUGACUAAUAGUGCCAUGCUAUGGGUGAAUCUCUAUACAAAUGCUGACAAAAGUAUUGUGCUUUCCACCCAGUAGAGAUUUAUCUGGUGGAUGGUAUUAUCCACCUUUUAAACAAUAGGGACCUGAUAUUUCAUUCGGAGUGGAACAUCAGAAAAAUUGACUGGCUGUGAAGACAACUUUACCAGGCUGCGCUGAUUUGCUAUCAAUACUUUCCUCAUGUUUUGUCUUAAAAAUGAAAGAUAUUUAAAUUUAUAAAAUGAAGAGAUUUGACAAGUGGAGAGAAAUUAUUUGUGUAAAAAAAGUACUAAUUUAUCUGUCUCUUGAGGCAUAAAAUCAUGAUUUAAUUAUGAAGAGAAAUUUGAUGUAACAAUUGAUUAAAUGUCAACUGUAACUGUCAACUACAUUGCAUAGAAAUGAUAUGCCUCCUCUUACAGUUAUGUUUGCUAUCACUCGUCAUUGAUGUUACAGUAAGUUUUAACUAACAUUUGUAUUUACUAAAUGGUUAUUUUUUUUCUUUUCUAUAGGUGAGAAUGAUCUAGACAAAGUGUUUCAGCUUCCUAAUACAACAUUUAUUGGUGGAGAGAAUGAUGUUCUGACUUUGAGAGAAAUAGUGAACAGGCUGAAUGUAAGCUGGAGACUGUUUAUGAAUUUGACUUAUUAAAUGAUAUAUAAACCCUUAUACAGUACUCCCAAGAUCUCAAUUUCAAUUCUCAGAUCUUUUGUCAGUCAUAAAGGUCCCAGAGUGGAUAACAUUAUCCACUGGAUAGAUCUCUAUCCAGUGGAUAGUGCUGUAAGUUUUGUUAACUCUUAUCCACUGGUCAGUGAUUUAUCCAUUGGAUAGCCUUAUCUUCCCUUUAGAAAUCUGGUCCAGUUCUUUUGAUUUUAGCCUAGAGAACUUGAUAUUAAGUCAAGCAAUAUCUGGAAGUUGAUACAUUUUUCCAAUCUUUUUCUGAUUUUUUCUUUCCCACAGAAAGCUUAUUGUGGACAUAUUGGACUGGAUUACAUGUUCAUUCCAGAAAGAAAUAAGUGUAAGUAAAAUAUAAAUACAUUAAUAAAAAAAUGCUGAGUGAAUGAGAGUUGUUGCAAUGCUGCUGUUUAACUGCAAGGAAGUGAUUUUUUUUCUUCAGUUUUCCACUUCCUUUGGCCAUACAUGUAAUGUAAAGGCUUUAUCAUUAAUUUCUUUUUCUCGUGCUUUCAAGUAUAGAUAUAUGAUUGGAUGAAAACAAGCCCCUUUUGAGGGGUAUAAUGACCUAUCACUUUGUGAUGACUGUGAUUGUAGUUUUUGAGUCUGUUUUUUGUAUUUUUUUCAUUUAUUUUUUCAAUUGAGUAUACUAAAUGGAAUAAGUUUUUAAAGAAACCGUGAUAUUAGCCCUUCUGUAGAAAAUCCUUUUGCUUUUGAAUUUCAAAUUACAAUUUUUCUCUUCCUCUCCCCCUUUGUAUUAUUGUUGUAUUCACAUGCGGCGAGUAUGAUUUCACAAAUUAACCAAUCACAAUAAAGAACUCUAACCUUGACAUUGAAAACUGACAUGAACAUUUUUUGCCUACUUUUUUUGGUUGUUUUUCGGAAUUAUUUUUAACUAUUUUUGAGCUUUUGUUCACACAAAUUUAUCUCUCCUUUGUUGGGAAUUUUAAGAAGUUUUGGAGUUUUUAUUUUUGCCAAAUGUUGUGGUCGAUUUAAGAAAUUCAAUUUAUAAUUUUAUGAAAAAUGUGGAUUCUAGCCUUGUUUUUUGUAAAUGGAAUCUUUACACCUUCGUUGGAACAAAACCUUGGCUUUGCCUCUCUCUGAUGAAAGGCUAAGCCUCAAAUAUCUGCUUUUGAAACUCUAUCAGCCAGUUUACAUCAUCAACUCAGUUUUUUUUUUAAUUGACUUGUUUUGUUGGUUCUAUCUUAUUUCUUUGUUCCUAUUUUCAAGGUGACUGGAUAAGGAAGCGAUUUGAGACCCCAGGGAUUGUACAACUAGAUGUGGAAGACAAAAGAACUUUGGUUAAGAGACUCAUUCGCUCAACUGGGUAAGAAUUCCACACUUAUUAUUAUUGGUACAGAAGUAUUACCUCGAAGACCAGGCAACACCUGUGUCUUUUCACAGGGGUAGUAUGGGGAUUAUUAACCUUGUCUAUUCUUCGCAAAAUGUUAUUUCCCAAUUCUUGGGCAAUAUUGAAAAUUAAAUUCCUCAAGGUGACUGGAAAACAGAAAUAGAAGAAGUUAAAAAAGAAGAAAAGAGACAUUUCAGGGCGUGAAAUUGCACAUAAUACAGGCGCCAAUGUGACCUAAGCACUUAGAGCACUAAUGUUGUAUCUCAUCCAUCCUAGUGUCCACUUUGUAGAAUGUUGUAGAAUUUAAUAAGGAGGGUCUAUCCAGGACGCUGAUAGCGUAAAAAAAAGGUUUUUUUUGUCUUUAAAAAUGGCGAGCAUUUUUUUUUUAAUUGGCUACCACUUUGAAAAAUUUAGGAGCCAAGUGACUGUUAGAAAAAAAAAUCAAUUUCACGCCCUGCAUUUUAAAACAGCAAAGGAACAGUAAUGGUAAAAUAAGGGGAAUAUAAAAAACAUGUUGUAGGCAAUGAAUUUGAAAAUGUUUACUUUUUUUUUUUCUCAUAAACUUUAGCAAGCUUUUAUUUUGUGUGUUUAAUCCUUUAACUCCCAUGAUCUAAUUGUCAAUUCUCCCUUCCAGCUACUGCAUAUUUCCCUUGAAAUUAGUUACGACAGUUUGGUGUUAGAUCAAGAUAACAACUUCUAUCUGAUAAGUUUGAGUAUUCUCAUUACCUGUUUGCUGGAUACUGUAUGGAUAUUAUAGAGAGAAGUAAGUUAAUCACCUGGGAAUUAAAGAGUUAAUUUGGAAAUUGGCAUUUAAGAGUACAUUUUCUUUCCUCUGCAUCAUCUUGUUUCCAGACUGUGUUUACCCUUUAACUCCCAGAUCAAAUUUGUAAUUCUCCUUACUGUCAGCCUGACAACUCUUAUAAUGUUAGUUCAGAGAAUUUCAGGGUGUGAAAUUGCACCUAAUACAGGCGCCAAUGUGACUAAAUUUUUAACUUUGGCGACCAAACCCUGAAAAUUAGUUGCCAAAUUGGCAACUAGAAUGUUUCAUCAUAACCUUACCUAGAGAUAUAGUGAAUUAAAAAGAUUUGCAAAGACAAAUCCAUGGCAAACUUCCUCGUUAAGUUUGUUUCCAAAACGCAGCAGAUGCAUCUCGAUUGAUAAUUAGACACUAUCUUGGAUUUAGGUGAGCUUAAACAUUGCAUAUCAUCCAUCCUAGUGUCCCCUUUGUAGCACGUUAAAGAUCUUUUCCCUAACUUAAUUUCUAGAACGAUGACAGCGUAAAAAAAAGGUUUCGUUUGUCUUUCAAAAUGGCAACCAACUUUUUUUGAAUUGGCUACCUCUUUGAUGAAUUUAGGAGCCAAGUGGCUAUCAGAAAAAAAAGUUAAUUUCACUCCCUGAAUUUAUUAUUGGAUCAACUAAUUAUCCCCAAAUUGAUAUUUUUCUUUAUUCUCAUCACUUAUCUGGUUGAUAUUGCAUUGAAAUUAUAAGGAGAAAUUCUGUCUUGGUCACUCAUAGGAGUUAAAGGAUUAAGUAAACAUGGUGACAAGGUGAAAUAUAGAAUACAGCUGACAUUGUUUGUUUUUAUAGAUAUGUUGUUGUUGUUGUUGUUGUUGUUGUUGUUGUUGUGUUGGCUUGCAAGAUGGUUGAAUUUUAUUUCCCAUUUUUUUUUCAUGUAUUGUAGGUUUGAGGCUUUUCUAGCCAAGAAAUGGUCAUCAGAAAAACGCUUCGGCAUUGAAGGCUGUGAAGUAUUGAUUCCAGCAAUGAAGACAAUCAUUGACAAGUCAAGUGAGUUUGGUGUGGAGAGUAUUAUCAUGGGGAUGCCACACAGGGGAAGACUUAAUGUCCUUGCUAAUGUCUGCCGUAAAUCACUGGAACAGAUCUUUACUCAGUUUGAUCCAACCCUGGAAGCAUCUGAUGAAGUAUGUAUGCAGGGUCAUGGCACUUUCUUAUUUACUCCUAAUGCUUUUUAUUUACUCAUAAUGCCUUUUUCCUUAAGGAUGUUUGCAUCCAAAAUAGUGUGGUGUUGACCAUAAUAGGGUAGUUACCUUUGAAAUGGUUAUCUUACAUGUUUUACAACAAUUUGAUGUGUGAAACAAAAGCUUUGAGCUAUCAUGUAGAUUUAAUAUUUGUCAAAACACUUAUAUCUGUGUUUAAGCCCCAUCCCAAACUUUAAUCCCAUUUUUCCAACAAAAAAAAAAAAGUGCAGGCUAUCUGAGGAUAAAUAUUUUACCUCAGUAGCAGUGAAGGAUGUUUCAACAACUUGAGGGAUGCCGUGAUCAGAUUCAAGUCUUAUAACCUCGUUCUUCAGGUUUUUGAAAUGCCAAUUACUUCUCAAAGGAGGGAACAAAUGCAAACAUUUGUAGUCAGUGCAGUAGUGAAUGAUGUUUCAACAACCUGAGGGAUGUCAUGAUCAGAUUCGAGUCUUAUAACUCCAUCCCUUAGGCUUUUGAAAUGCCAGUUACUUCUCAAGGGAGGGAGCAAAUGCAAACAUUUGUAGUCAGUGUAGUAGUGAAUGAUGUUUCAACAACCUGAGGGAUGUUGUGAUUGGAUUCAAGUCUUAUGACAACUCCUUGCAGGCUUUUGAAAUGUCACUUACUUUUCAAGGGAGGGAGCAAAUGCAGACAUUUGUAGUCCCUUGUAAUUUGGGGAUCUUAACCCUUUUACUCCCAUGAUCUGAUUGCUAAUUCUCCCCUCUAGCUGCUACACAUUUCCUUGUAAUUUAGCUACGAGAAUUUGGUGUUAGAUCAAGAAAACAACUUUAAGCUUAUGCCAAGUCUGAGUAUUCCCAUUAACAGUUUGCAAUAUAGUGUUUGGAUACGUAGGGGAGAAGUUAAAUGUUAAUCACCUCUGGAAAUUAAAGGUUAAGGAUGCUUUCUUCACCCCUUUUAAUGUUGACACUUUAAGUCCCACUAGUGAUCUAGACAGAAUUUCUCCAUACACUAUUGGUAUGAUACCAAGCGGACAAGGAAUGAGAAUAAAGAAAAACAUCAGUUAGGGGAUUAUUGGUUGAUCCAAUUCAAUAUUCUCCAUACUAACAUCACAUAAAUUGUAUAGCAGACAGUAAGGAGAAUUACUCAUGAAAUCUUGGGAGUUAAAGGGUUAAAGAAGAGUCUUAUUUGUCAUGAUUUCUUCUUUUAAGUCACAGGGUAAACAUAUUUUUAAGGAGAUAGGUAUUGGGAGUAAAGAAAAUAAUCAGUUUGGAGGUUAUUGUAUUGCUGGAUGUAACAGCAAAAUUUUAUUUUCAACUGGCUGGAAAUGUUCUUGAACAUCACUGACAUGGUAGAAUAGACACUCAGAACUGAAAGUAAUUAAACACUGCUCUUUCCUUUGCCACAGGGAUCAGGAGACGUGAAGUACCAUUUAGGGAUGUCUCAUGAACUUCUCAAUAGGGCCACAAACAAAAUUGUGCGGUUGGCUGUUGUGGCAAAUCCCUCCCAUUUGGAAGGUUUACAACUUCUUUUUCUUUUGUAUUGUUGAAAUAUUAUUGUGCAAUGCAAAGCCACGCCAACAAAAAUCACUUUUGAUUUUGAAUUUCCAAUUAUAAAUUUUCUCUUCCUCUCCCCUCUUUGUAUUAUGGUAAGUUGUAUCCAAGUGCGGCAAGCAUGAUUUCACAAAUUAGCCAAUCACAAUGAAGAACUCCAACCUUGACAUUGAAAACUGAUAUGAACAUUUUUUGCAAACUUGUUUUGGUUGUUCUCCUGGAUUAUAUUUAACUAUUUUUGAGCUUUCGUUCAUGCAAAUUUGUCUCCCCUUUGUUUGGAAUUUUAAGAAGUUUUGGAGUUUUUAUUUUUGCAAAAUGCGGUUGAUUUCAGAAAUUCAAUAUAUGGUUUUGUGAAAAGUGUGGACUCUAGCCCUGUUUUCAUGAAUGGAUUCUUUAUACCUUUGUUGGAACAAAUGCUUGGCUUCCCCUCCCUCUGAUGAAAGGCUUAGCCUCAAAAAUCAGUAACUGACCUAUUGACGCUUAGAUGACAAUAUUCUAGUGUGGCAAACCACUUUUAUUAUCUAGUUUUGCUGACAACCCUCCUCUUGUGCAAUAUUGCACUUUGCAGUCUGGGAAGAAAUUGAGUAUUAGGGUACUGUCAGCUGUUUUAAACGGCAUCUCUUAACAUUCCCUUAACAUUUGGUUGUACGAAUGUGAUAUGUCAAGAUAUUUGGUUGAGAAUUAGAGCUAUGUGGAUCAAGAAAAUUCAUUGUCAGUUUUACAACUCCAAUAGCAGUUAAGAUUUUGUUCUAGUAUCAAUGAUACCAGGUUCUUUAUGUCACUGCCACCAUUUGUAAGUCAUUCACAAACAAAACUUUUAGGACCCUUGUAAGUUGUUCAAUACCAGAGGAGUACUCUACCUCAGCAUUCCUUUAGCUUAGGCUCUUCAUUAUCAAUAAUUCAAGCAAAUGUUUAUUUAUAAAUUCAUGAAAUCUGCAAUGUCUGAUUUAUAAAGGAACCAGAUUCUUGUCAAAUAUUAUUUUUAUAGCUUGCACUGUCUUUUCUUUUUCUUUUUCAAUCUGAAUUAUUUUCCUCAAAUUUUGCCUGGAGACACCUUUAUAACGAUGCAUGAUAAAAGUAGUAGACAACUACUUUUUACAAUGUCUUUGUAGGAAGACUGAAUUUUUCCUACUAGUCAGUGUUGGGUCAUGUUUCUCAGUCAAAGUUCUUGUGUCCAUUUAGCUGUGGAUCCUGUUGUUGAAGGAAAAACCAGAUCAGAGCAAUUUUAUCGAGGAGACACACAAGGGAAAAAGGUAGUAAAUUGAAUGAGUAUUUUUUUAAUGAACAGUUUAUUUUAUCACUUAUAACUUGUAGCAUGUUGAUUCUCUAUAGCAUAAGGAAUUAGUGAAUGGGUGUUGUUUCUUUCCCCUUUGGAAUGCUCCUUUUAAUUAUUAAAUGUUGCCCUCCACUGUGCUUGACAGCAUGAAAUUACAAUGCAGUGUGAACUGAGAUAAAGGAUUUGUACUUCUACUUGCAUGUUGUAGCACUGUCUUUACAUUAUAAUAUUCUGAGUAAAUUUUUACUUAUUUUUUUCUUUCAUUAUAUCCAAAAGGUGAUGAGUGUUCUUAUUCAUGGUGAUGCAGCAUUUUCUGGACAGGGUGUGGUCUAUGAGACUUUCCAUUUAAGUGCACUGCCACAGUACACCACACAUGGCACCAUACAUAUUGUUGUUAACAACCAGGUUAGUUUUAUUGUUUUGGUAAUAAAUCACCAUUUAAAAGAGCUAUUUCUUAUGGACAAUGCCCACUUUGGUUAUUGUGUGCACUUUUUCUGCACACAUGUAAUGGUUAUGAUGAUACACAUGCACAAGAAACACGUUAUGAACUGAGGAAGAAUUGCCUUUUAUAUCCUGAGGGUGACCAGCAACUAAUUUCUCAUUAAGGUGUUACGGCUGAGUCAAGCAGAAGGCUUAUGAGAAUUAAUGAAGUAGUUGCAAACUUAUAAUUUCUCAAUGUUUUACUAAAUUAUCCUUAAUAGUACCAUAGGAAACUUAUAGAGAAUUGAAUGAAGAAUAUACACACUGAUGUUGGGAUAUAAAGUUUUGAAAUAUGAUGAAAAUAAUUGUAACACACAUUAAACCAUGUCUUUAAUUUCAGAUUGGCUUCACUACUGAUCCAAGGGUUGCUCGCUCCUCACCUUAUUGCACUGAUGUUGCCAAGGUGGGUGCACAGAAUCGCAUCUUCUAGUUCAAGUAGCUUCCUUUAACCACUCACUUUAAUUCCCAAGUAAAUGCUGGAAUUAGUAUAUCUAGGUGGUUUCUUUGGGUCAAGCUGGGAUUCAAAGCUCUUUUUGUAACAGUAAAGUACAUAUUAAGAAAAUUGGCUCGGAAAAUUUUGAACUAGAAAAGGUGUUUGACUCCAGGGAAAUAAACACAAAUGCAGAAUGAAAAUUAUUAUACAUCAUUGCAACCUUGGUCAUAAGGGCUUCAAGGUCAAUUUUUUCAUGAUAACCAUUGGGCAACCUUCACGAAAAUUUAUAAAUGGUCACAGAAAACAAUGUUUUAUUCUCCUGAGAGAAACCCCCACAAAAGAUAAAGACUACAUUGCUGUACCUUGGCCAUUUAAUUUAAUGUAUCUUGCGGCUGUUGUGUUAACUUCUCCAUCUAAAUAUCUUAUUCUUUAGGUAGUAGAUGCUCCUAUUUUUCAUGUGAAUGCUGAUGACCCAGAGGCUGUGAUGCAUGUGUGCAAAGUUGCAGCAGAAUGGAGAGCUGAAUUCGGCAAAGAUGUUGUCAUUGAUUUGGUAUGUCUUACACUUUAAGUAAAUAAUUAUUUCUGUCUGUAACUCUCUCUUAAAAACAGAUUUUGAAUUUUUAUAUAGUAUCAAUGCGAAAUAAAAAGAAGACUGUCUUACUAGUAAGACUGUUACCACAUUGGAACUACAUGGGUCGUAAAGAUUUCUAUUUGUUAGCCAUGUAGUGUGGCUAAGGUGGCUUAUACGACUCCUCCCUCUUGUGAGAUACAAGUUGAGGCAAAUCGCAAAGAAUUUUGGAGGGCUGGCAUGAAUCUUUUCCAAUGUGAAAUACUCCAUCUCUCGAACCUUCUCCCAUGUGAAUACAAGCCUGCUGAUACAGAAGGAGUAGCAGCAGUUUGAAAAACCUUGCAUGAGAUGCAGCAGAAUUUGUAACUGAUCUUACACCAAAUUCUCCAAACUGACAUCAUGAGACAGAGUAGUAUAGCAGACAGUAAGGAAAGCUACUGGUGAGAUCUUGGGAGUGAAAGGGUCAAGAAAAUUUAAACAAUUCUGAAGAAAAGGCAAGUAAGCCUGAGUAUAUUUAUCAUAAAUGCCCACUUCCUUUUCAUAAUCCAAUUGCCCUCUCACGAACAAUAUUAGGUUUGCUACCGUCGCCAUGGCCACAAUGAAGGUGACAAUCCAAUGUUCACACAACCAAUCAUGUACAAGAACAUCAACAAAAAGAAUCAUGUGUUGGAUUUGUACACAAAGAAACUUAUAGAUGAGGAUGUUGUCACAGAGGAAUGGCUUCAGGUAUGUGCAGAUUAUGCACUUAUAGACUGAGUGAGAGAGCCAGACUGGAAAAUAUUUUAAUUGAGGUCAUGAGGAAUGGACAGAUUGCAGCUAGGUCUGUGCAUCAAGAGGGAGAGCCAAAUAUUUUCUCAUUCAGACUGAGUUAACUAAGUCAACAAGUAUUUUAUCAUAUGGCAGUUGCUUUUUUGUUGCAAAGCCAAGUGGCUCUAAGUGGCUCUCUCAGGCCAUCAAUAUGGCCUUGGAUGGGGAAUUUUUGUCUAAUAUUUAUUAAAGCAUGUGCUGGGCCACAAGGGUCAUAUAAUAAAUGACUGAUCAACCUAUUGUGGUAGCCACAGAUCUGUUUAGUCUGAAUAUGUGACCAUUCCAAAGAAUGUUUAAAGCUCUUAGUCUGCAGGUGAAUUUUGUAGAGGAUGUGACUAGACAGCACAAUUCAGGUCUCUAUAGCUUGUAAGGAUUAGGAGUAUUGCUUCCUUACUUUUAGAUAGGAGGCUUCUUGACUUGAGUCAUACUUUAAAAAAAAUAUUAUGUCUUUUCUUUCAGGAAGAGAAAGCCAACUAUGAUAAGAUUUGUGAAGAAGCAUUUGCUGAUGCAAAGUCUGAGAAGCGUGUACUGCUUAACAGGGAUUGGCUGGAUUCACCAUGGAAAGGUGUGAUCUGCUGUUUUAAUUUUGCAUGUCUAUUGGAAGUUGAAAGAAUCAUAUUAUUACAUCAAGCAUGUUUAUCUCUUCAAGGGGUCCAAGAUUUUUAACAAAUUUUGUUGGUCCAAAGUUUGUGUCAGAAAGAGACAUAGCCCCUACGAAAAGGGUUCAUGUAUAUCACAAUUUCAUUUGAUAUUGAAUAAAAGAUAAAUAGAUGAACUGAUGUCUAAAAAUUAGAUAUCUAUUGAAUAACCAAUUUCUCAUUGUGUUUCAACAGGAUUCUUCAAAAAAGGCUAUUCUCCUACUCAGCCUGUGAAACCAACAGGAAUUGCUCUUGACACUUUGAAGCAUGUAGGAAAUGUGUUCAGUGCUGCUCCUGGUGGAGACUUUAAGGUUCAUGGAGGUAAAGAAAAGAUGAUCCUUCCCCAACAUCUCAGGCUUCUCUAAGCUGUGGCCAUUUUUGUAGCCAUGACAACUAGAAAAAAUCAGGGAUUCAAUUAGUAGCCAAAGUUGUCAAUUUUCUCACCUGUUUUCAAAGAUCAUUUACUUUUUAAUUAGCAAUUUGUAGCAAUUUCAUAUCCCGCUUUAAUUAAUGGCCUGAGGUCAAAGUAUUUCUCAUGCUGUGCUGUUUUCUUCCAUAUAAAUUUUUUGUUGUUCCUUGGUUGCCUCAGUAAUAUAUAGAUUUAGCCAAGCCUAAAAGCGGAGCUUGCAUUUUUUUUCCCCCACACGUCUCAAGGGCACAACGCCUUGCCCCAGCCAGGACUAGAACACGGGUCAUCCGACUCAGAGCCCAGUGCACUGACCACUGGACUACUGAACAAAGCUGUGGCAUUGGCAUGCCUGCAGUACAGUUGACCACACGUGUUAAAAGUAGCACCUUGUAUGGUCAUACGGUCGUAUAGUUGUAUGGUCGUAUGGUCGUACAUCCAAAUUUUUUUGGCUUGGUGGGUGACUACUAUUUUGUAUAAUUAUGGGGCUACACCCUGCGAGCUCCGCUAUUAACCCCUAGACCCCUAAGAGUGAUUGGCAACUUAUUUCUGCUUACAAUAUCACCCCUGAAUGGCUCAUUUAAAAGGUCUCAAGGAUAAAAAAAAAUGGUGCAUGGAGAACAGUAUGGAGAAUAUGCAUGCUGAUGUUAGGCUGCAAUGGGUUAAGCCUUGAGAUGUUGUGUGAAUCUUAAAAAUGAAUGCAGCAUGUACUGCUCACUCCAAAGACAAGUCGUGUGAUCAGCAUUUUUUUUUUUUUGUUUAAAUGUAUGUGUGAAAUGAAAGCAAGUAUACCAUUUCUACUCAAAACUGUAAUGUACAAAGUAAGUGGCAGACCCUUUUCUUAAUGAAUGGAUAUCAAUUUCAGGACUGCGCCGCAUCCUUAAAGCUCGCCGUGAUCUGCUGGAAAAGGGUUAUGUGGACUGGGCAAUGGGUGAAGCCCUGGCAUUUGGCUCUCUUUUGAUUGAGGGUUCUCAUGUGAGGCUCAGUGGACAGGAUGUAGAGAGAGGGACUUUCAGGUAGAUACACCACUAACAGUACCUGGUAAGAGUAAAGCAUGGUGACCUCCUCACUGCUAAAGAGAUUGUUGGCCUCCUUUGAUGCUAUCUUUUUUUACAACUCUUAUCCUCCAGUAGUACUGUUGAAUUUUUUUUGCCAGUGGAUGAUAAUUUUUUUUUCUUUGUAGCCAUCGUCAUCACAUUCUGCACGAUCAAGACAAAGAUAAAGUGACUUACUGUCCAUUAAAUGAUCUCGGCCCUGGCCAGGGCAUUUACACAGUCUGCAAUAGCUCCCUAUCAGAAUACGCUGUGCUAGGUAUGUUUUGUGCACAUUAUCAGCUAUCGACAUUGAUGAUCCUUGCAGUAUGCAGGAGGCAUGUCAUAUGAACUUCUUAAUAGACCUCACUCACUGUAGAGUCUCUGUGGCUCAAUGGUAGAGAAUUGCAAUGCAGAAUCCAAAAAUCUGAGGUUCAAUUCCUCAUAGGACUCGAGCUGGUGACAAGACAAGAAGCAUCUUUCUCUAUUUCUUUACCGAGCUCAAAACUUAGCAUCUCUCUUAUUCCAUUUACAUUAUUCUUGUUCAUAUAUUUGAAGUCAAAAGUUCCAGCAUUCCUCAAAUAAUGUUUAACUUAGUAAUAACUUGUCUCUUACUUUAUUAAAUAAUCAAGGUUAGGAAUGUUUGCUUGCACUAGGAUUUUCAGAUUUUCGGUCACUGUGUCCAACAGUUCAAUCCAAGACUACUGUCACCCAUUCAAUCGCAUUACUUGAUCAGCAGCUAAUUUUGGGCAAAAUCAUUAACUGUAUUAUGUUAACCUUGUAACUCCUAAGAUCUGAUUGCUAAUUCUCCCCUCCAGCUUCAACACAAUUCCUGGCAAAUAAGUUCUGUAAAUUUUGUAUUAGAUUAGAAUAACAACUUCUACCUGAUAAAUUUGGGUAUUCUCAUUUGCCCUUUGCUGGAUAUUGUAGGGAUAUUAUAGGGAGAAAUUUCAUGUUAAUCACUUCUGGGAGUUAAAGGGUUAACUGUUCAUGCCAAUUGCAGUCUGUUAGCCAUAAAACACAUUUUUCUUCAUUUUGUAGGUUUUGAGCUUGGUUUCAGCAUGACAAAUCCAUUUGCUCUUGUUUGCUGGGAAGCACAGUUUGGUGACUUUAACAAUACUGCCCAGGUAUGUCAACUGGAUUAGAGAGAUCAACUUCUGGAAUAUUUUGGGUCAGUUCACCACAAGACUAAGUGUGAUUUCAUUCAUUACUGACAGUAAGCCCUCCAAACCAGAUUAAUUUUAAUGUUACAGGGUAAUUGUGAAAUUUAACAUCACUGUUUCAAUCUGUUUUUAUUUUAAUUAUAAUUAUUUUUACCUUGGUAGUGUAUUAUUGAUCAGUUUAUCAGCAGUGGGCAAGACAAAUGGGUGAGACAAAGUGCACUCACCAUGUUACUUCCUCAUGGAUACGAAGGAAUGGUGAGUUUUGGUUCUUUACACCCUAACAUCAGUAUGCAUAUUCUCCAUACUGUUCUUAAUACAUUUCCUAAGGUGCUGACAAGGAGAAUUUGUUUAACAAUCAAGAGCUUUCAUCAUUAGUGGUCAUUUCCUUUUUAAUUGUGACCUUUAUGUGUGAUUUUGGGGGUGAUUGUAAGGAGAAAUUAGAUGCCAGUCACUCGUAGGGGUGAAAGGGGGAAUUAUUUCUUGAAGACUGCCCAAAGUGAAAUAAAUGUGGGUGAGUGGUCUUAGAUUUGUCUUUAUCAUGACCAUAUCUUGUGCAGUUUCAACUUCUGAAUUUCAGGCACCUUAAAACAAGAUGGGACAAAUAUUCAUAAUAAUUGCAACAACCCAUGAAUAGAAAACAGUGACAGCAAUUAAUACUUGUGGGUAACAAAGUCUGUGGGCCUGUUAGAUGCAAAUGAGAUGUGGCCCUGUCAGAUCAAAGAUGAUAAUUGCAUUGUCCCUCUAUUUAGCAACACAUAUACAGAGAAUUGAUUGCUGUUGUUCAGUUUCUUUAAGGCUCAGAGAUGAAAUAUGGAAUUUUUCAAUGGUUAUGUUUAAAUUUCAUCUUUCUGUUAAGUGGAAACACGCUUACAGUUCUGUAAUUAUAUAUUUUUCUUUUAGGGACCCGAACAUUCCAGUGCCAGGCCAGAGAGGUUUCUACAAAUGAGCAAUGAUAACCCUGACGUUUUUCCAGUAAUUACUAAUUUCUUCUUCUCAUAUCAGUAACAUGUUAUAUAGUUCAUCAGCUGUCAUAUUUCAUUAUAAAUUGCACAGUUUGUUAUUUUAUCUCCAACACAUUUUUUUGGCAAUUCAUCCCAAGUGACUGUUUACAGUUUGUUCUUCUUAAGUUUUUUUCAAAGAAUUUGUUUGCAAAGAACCACAAAUUUAAUAGAUUAUUCAGUCUUAUCUUGGUCAGUAUUGGUGUUUUUGUUUGUUACGCCUGUUUUAUUACUUUCACAUCUGCAGACAAACAAUGAACUCUUCGAGGUGAAUCAGCUUUACUCCACCAACUGGCAGGUGAGUUAAUUUUCUUAGUUUUGAAAUUUGUAAUUGCAAAUCAUAUUUAUUCAAUAUUGUUUUUUAAAAUUUAGAAUUAUCCUUUGUAAUUGUGAUUUUAUAAGAACAGCGCUGAAAUGUGAGUCCUUAUUUUCCAGGUUGUUAACUGUAGCACACCUGCAAACUAUUUCCAUGUGCUGCGCCGACAGCUUGCUCUAAACUUCCGCAAGCCUGUAAGUUUGUCUUUAUACUUCCCUUCAAAUCAAAGAGAAGAACAAGAAUGUUUACUUAAGGUUGUUUUAUUUUAAAGGAGUUUGGCUUUGUCUCCAUAAUAUGCUUGUUUUUCCUUUGUGUAAAAUGACCUACAAAUUGAGUGAGACUACAAAACAUUAGUCCAGUAGUAUAUAAAUACACAAGAGAGGGAGGGACAAGGCUAGCUAACGUCAGCAAGAUUGAUAAACUUUUAAAUUAGUAUUAUUUCAUAAUAAUUCAUAAGAAGGAGAAGAUCAGGUUGUAAAUCUAACUACUUGGUUUCCCUCAGCUCAUCCUGAUGACACCAAAAAGUCUCCUUCGUCUAGAAGCUGCCAGAUCUCAUAUUGAUGAAAUGGCAGAAGGUAAGUUUGAGAAAAGAUUAUGUUGGUUACAUUUAACUUCUUUUGUCUUGAAAUUUGAGUUUGCAAUGAAAUUCUGAAUUUAAUGUUUUCUAGUAUAUGAGGGUCUCAAAAGAACAAACACAGUGAAAGCACAAAAGAGAAGUUAAGAUUAUUUUAGUUUGAACAGUACCAACCCAAAGGGAGGGGUACUUUUCAUUCCAGGAGAGCUUUUCUUCAUCAGAAUCACUUUACUUCAAUCUAUGAUGGAUCAAAAUGCUAUCAUGGUCUUGCAUUUGAAAUAGACAUGGACAAUAGGAUCUUCGAUAUUGACACCAAAUGCAAAUAACAAAAUGAACUCUUACUUCAAAUACAGGGACAUCAUUUAGACGUGUGAUCCCAGAGUCUGGUCCAGCAUCAAAAAAUCCAGAGAAAGUUCGCAAACUCCUUCUUUGUACUGGAAAAGUUUACUAUGAUUUGGCAAAGGUAAGAGUUCUGAAAUGCAACUCAUUCAGUUGCCAUCUCUGUACUCUCCUCACCACCACACAACAGGUUGAGGAAUCAAAUUUGCAGCACAGCAGUUUGAGUUCAACACACUUCUCACCAUUUACCAAUCCCAGCUCCUCUCCUCCCUUAGCCCAUGAGCAAAAGAGUGGUAAAGAGCACAUAUUUCAAGUAUUGCAAGCAUGCUACAGGUCUGACAGAUCUCUGGAAUCUUGCAUGCUUUGCAGCUUACAGAGGCCACUCUUUCUGAGCGUUUAAGGAAGAUCUUGUUACUCAAACUGAAUUUGUUUUGUUCUCUACUUCAGGAACGAAGCAAGAGAGGUCUUGAUGAAGACAUUGCCAUCUCUCGUGUUGAACAGGUACACAAGUACCAGUACCUCUUUCAACCUAUGAUCACCAGGCUUUCUUGCCUUGCCUUGCCUUUCCUUAAGAAAGCCAUGAAAGAAAUAGGAGAUGGUUACAGCACUGUACUUGCAAGCCCAUGCUCUGAAGUUCAAGUCUUCUUAGCCUGUCCACAUGAAUAGUCCUAUAGCUUGUGACCUUCUCAUUAAGACCGUUACCCUUGCUAGGUUUCGAUGUUUCAUGUACUUCCCCACCAACACUGUUUUUGUUGACUUUGUUUUCUGAAAUUGUUGCAUGUUUUAAUGUGUAUAGAGCAAAUGGCAUUUAUGGAGCAUCGAGACAAAAAGUUUAGCAAUAACAUUCCCUGUUUGUAAACUAGUUCUGGUAUGUCUCUUUGCAUGCACAGUGAGUGCAUUUGUCUGCUCUCUGAUACAGUGUAGGCAACAGUGCCUUGCACUGUCCGUAUUGUUAACCCUUGAGAGAAUGAGCCUUCGUUUAUUUUGCAGGAGAAACAGACAACAGUCGAGAAUAUCUUUGAUUGUAUCUGUGUUAGAGGUAGCGGUAGCUGAGGAAUGGCAAUGACCUUAUGUCACUCGAAGACUAAUACUUAGUAUAACAGCAAUAAACUGAUGCUGUAAAUUUAUCAACGGAGAAACCCACUGAUUUUAAGUUUCAUUUUUAUUUAAGUUGGUGUUGUGGUGUGUGUUUGUACAAAAUUAUUUUUUCUGGUUGCAAGUUUUUAUCAUCAGUGGUACUUGUUUCAAGUGGAACUGAUUUCAUUGAGGAUAGUAAUAAAUAUGAUAUGCAACACUGUGACGUGUUUCACAGUCACUGUGGCUUAACACUAAAGAUACCCCUCUGUAACCUUUGGUGUCUUUAUUUCAGAUAAGUCCAUUCCCAUUCGACUUGAUCAAGGCUGAAAAUCAGAAGUACGACAAUGCAGAGAUUGUGUGGGCUCAAGAGGAACCCAUGAAUAUGGGUUACUGGACUUAUGUUCAUCCACGCCUUGUCACUUCUGUUGGAAACAAUGUUAAGAUCAGGUAAUGAAUAAAAAUGGUUGAAGGUCUUCCUUUAUGUUUCAUUUGGGAUACAUUAUGUUUGAUUGCAUGGUGGCCAGUUUUCACUUGUCAUCGUAAGAUGUCUUGGCUACUUUUGAAAUUGGUUGCAACCAUAUUCAUUUUCAUGACUACCCUCACCAGGAUCUGGUGGAAAAAAAUAUAAAGAAAAGUGGUGUGACAAAAAUGAAGAGCUUGCCAUGCAUUAGGACAGCAAUAUGUCUCACUAAUCUAUACUUUUGAGACUGGUGUUUACUCACCUUUUUGAUGAGCCACUUGACUCAUUAGACUGUGAUUAAUGACCACUAGACAGAAUGUCACUACACUUUAUAUUUAAUUUGUUUUCUGUUUAUUUGUUUAGUCUUGCUUUUUUUUUUUCUUCUGACAGUUAUGCUGGCCGUCCUCCUGCUGCAUCAACAGCAACUGGAAACAAACAUCAUCACAUUUCAGAACAGGAGGAUCUUAUCAACAAAGCCCUAGUAUAA